UAUCAACACAAACUUUGGACAAGCACACCUUUAGGGGGUCUCUGCCAGACAACGAUGUCAAAAACCUUCCAAAGCAAUUCAAUACGUAUCCAAAAGUUUAAGUUUUGAGCUAUGUCAUUGGCUAAAAAACAGCUGACAGGAAAACACAAUGACUCUUGAAGCCAGGCCAGAGUGUACUAUAAAGUAGACAGACGGUAUAUUUUCUUCACCGGAGAGAACUUUGGACUUUAUCAGAGAAAAAAACUUUACAGAAAAAACACUCACCUGGGAUGACAAGAUGAGCGCGUCUGUUGCAGUGUACAGGAAUAUUUACACCGAGGACCGUUUCAGGCAGUCAUUUGGUACCGAGGAUAAACCGAAAGCAGGCGUGCGACUCCGGGAAAAGUUCUUAGGAUGGUGCAGGUGUUCUCGAGGGACAUGUCUUCACCUGUUGCGAGAGCGACUACCCAUUUUCAACUGGCUGCCGAAGUACAGACUCAAGAAAUGGAUACUUGGAGAUACUAUAGCGGGACUUACUGUUGGUAUACUUCACAUUCCGCAAGGUAUGGCCUUUGCCCUUCUGACAUCUGUGGCCCCCAUCUAUGGCCUUUACACCUCCUUCUUCCCUGUGGUCAUCUACAUGCUGUUUGGCACAGGACGGCACGUCUCCACUGGUACCUUUGCGGUGGUGAGUCUGAUGACAGGCUCCGUGGUGGAGCAGCUGGUGCCCACCCCUCUGGAACUGAACUCCAGCAGUCCUGAAGCCGCAGCCUUUGAGGCCCAGAGGAUCGGCGUGGCCUCGGCUGUAGCCCUCCUCUCAGGGAUCCUGAUGCUUUGCAUGUUUGGGCUCCGGCUGGGCUUCCUCUCCACGUAUCUCUCUGAGCCCAUCGUCAAGGCCUUCACCAGUGCGGCCGCCUUCCACGUCACCAUCUCCCAGCUGCAAAGCAUGCUGGGACUGAGGCUCCCUCGCCACACUGGACCCUUCUCGCUGUUUAAGACGCUAGCGUCGGUGAUAGAGAACCUCCCACACGUCAACAUGGCAGAGCUGCUGAUCUCCAUGGCGUGUCUGGCCGUCCUGGUGCCGGUGAAGGAGGUCAACAUGCGCUUCCGCCGACGACUGCGGACACCAAUCCCUGUCGAGAUCCUCACGGUCAUUAUUGCGACAGCGGUGGCGUAUGCCUCUUCUCUGGACUCAGCCUAUGAUGUCCAGAUAGUGGGCCAUAUUCCUGCUGGUUUCCCCAGACCGAGGAUGCCUGCCGUGCACACGAUUCCGGACAUCGCCGGGGACACGGUGGCCAUCACGUUUGUGGGCUACGCUGUUUCUGUCUCCCUCGCAAUGAUAUACGCUGACAAACAUGGCUACUCCAUACAUCCCAACCAGGAGCUGCUGGCCCACGGCAUCUCCAACACGGUGUCUUCGCUCUUCACCUGUUUCCCCAGCUCGGCCACCUUGGCCACCACCAACAUCCUGGAGAGUGCUGGAGGGUACACGCAGCUCUCUGCGCUGUUCACCAGCCUGGUGGUUCUGAUUGUUUUACUGCUGAUUGGACCUCUGUUCUAUUUCCUGCCCAAGGCAGUGCUGGCAUGCAUCAAUGUGACCAGCCUCAGGCAGAUGUUCCUGCAGUUCCAGGACCUCCCAGAUCUGUGGCGAGUCAGCCAGAUUGACUUUGUUGUUUGGCUGGUGACCUGGCUGUCUGUCGUUGUGCUCAAUGUGGAUCUGGGUCUGGCCAUUGGGGUGGUCUUUUCGAUGAUGACCGUGAUCUGCAGAACACAGAGGGCUGGAUGUUCAGUGCUGGGAAGGGCCAGUAACACCGAGAUCUACAGACCUGUAGAGAAUCACAACAAGUGCUACGAGGUGCCUGGGGUCAAAAUCCUCACCUACAACGGGCCCAUCUACUACGGGAACCGCAGCUUCUUCAGGGAGGACAUGAGCCGGCUGCUGGGCCUGACCCCCGAGAGGAUCCGCAGCCGGGAGAAAGCCAGGAAGGCCCUGGAGAAGAGGGAGAGAGAGGCGGUGAACACAGUGGAGAGCGGUGUAGCAAACACUUCAUUUUCGUCCGAGAACGAAUUCUUCAAGUCUGCAAUGUCUGAAAGUGAGGUCCAGGCCGUGCUCAUCGAUUGCAGCAGUGUGAUCUUUGUUGAUGUUGCCGGAGCGAGGCUCUUUAUACAGAUGUGCAUUGAAUGCCAGAAGGUCGGGGUCCUUAUUUACUUAUCAAACUGCAAUGAGAGUGUGCUGAAAAUCCUCACCUCCAGUGGUCUGAUGAACUACAUGAACCCUCAGCACAUUUUUGUCACAGUCCACGAUGCAGUGGUCUACAUUCAACAACAGAAGGAGAAACCUCCAGAAAACACCACAACGGUUUGGGUGUGAGAUGGACAGUAAUUUUAAGGAUGCAGGUCAACCCCAGACAGAGGACAUCCACCUCACUGAUACACCUGGGGAUGAAAUACGGAAAGGGGCACUAGGAACCAAAAUGGGCCACACGCUUACCUCUCCCAACCAGGACAUUAAUGUCCGACCGUGGUCUCAUGGGGGAGUGCUGUCUCGUUGGCCUGACUUUAUACCCUUCUGCUCCAGGUGUGCCAUUGUACUCUUCUCUGGAAUGGUUUAAAAAUGGGUGGUACAGUCCGAGCAUACUAUUUAAUCCAAAUUCUAAGAGUGCACUUUGCGGAGAAAAUUCAAGAAUUGGAGUGUCAAACAUAUGCCAAUAUUUUUUGUUGUUGUUUUUUUUUUUUUUUUUAUAAAGCAUGUUUAGCCUUUUGUAGCAUUAUCUAUACUAUCACUAUCUGAAGUGAUGGAUUACAGUAUUGAACUAGGAGUAAUUGUACUGUUGUCAUACACUACAGUAGUAAUACUAUAUUGCUGUACUAAUAAGACAAUGCUUUUAAUGGGCGUAAACAAGACAGUAUUCGAGAAGUCUUAAGCCAUUCAGAAGAUUUGAAAGGCACAUUUACAUGCACACACAGCUGCACUGGUGAUCCACUGGUUGAUGAAUCCAGCACCCGUUUCUUAUUCCAGACUGGAAUCCAACAGAUGAUAAAAUAAAAAAAUUAUAAAACAAAAAAUGUCAAUUAAAAUGUCAUUUAACCCUCGUGCUGCCUUCGGGUCACAUGACACAAAGGUUCAUAACGAACCAUAAUUGUGUUUACCCAAUUUUACCCAAUACAAAACCAAAUAAAAAUACUUUUCUUUUAACCUUCGCAAUGUGGGGGGUCUGAGACAGCCCGACGGUUAAAAGAAAAUGCUUCACUUUGUUUUUGUAUGCGGUAAAGUUGUCGCAAUACGACGGUGGGUCACAAUGACUGAUGGGUCAGAACGACCCGAGGAGAACACAAGGGUUAACUUGGACUUAAUGCUGGAAUACUAACGGUCAAUCAUUAUAUUAUAACUGAUAUUUAUUGUGAGUUUGGUAUAUUUCUUAAACAAUAUAUAAAUAAAAUGCACUGAAUGCUUUCUAAAAAGAAAGAAUUACAGCGCCUGCAUUAUGCACAUUUUACUGUC